UGGAGGAGUUGUUGGAUAGCCCAGCAGGCUACUUAACAUCACACAGACAGGACGAGUAUUUUCUCCGGCUGACUUCCAAAUUAUAUGGCAUGAAUUAUAGUUUUGUGUCGAUCAGUAACAGAAGCGCCCUGCUACGAACGACAGGUCGGGGUCUCGAGAAGCAGAGAACAAUUUACGCAUUUUGCCUCGUGCUAGUCUGCUCACUAGUUAGCCAAUCCAUUAUCUGGCUAGCUGGCUAAUUAGCUACUUACGUACCUAAAUAAUUAUUGAUGUACUGGUAACCAGCAGCACGUAAGUGGGUAUUUCAGUCGUAUUGUGGCCUAAUUGUAAGCCAUUAAUACCUAUUACAAGGCACUUACAGCUCGUGAGAUUGUAUGCGACUAGAUCUCCGCAUAUAAGGUAUAGCUGUUUAAGUGUUUAUGCUCACGAAUCAAUACUUUGUGGUUAUCCUGUUAGCCAAACAAGUUAGCUCUCGGAUACUAGGCUAGCCUUGUGCUAACGUUUAAAGGUAACCAAAAUCGCACUCCGCUCAUAGUUUAUCGUUGGCCUCGGGUUUCCUCCAUUGCAUUUGCAGUAUUAACUAAAAAUAAAACACAAUGGGCUCAAUACUAAGUCGGCGGAUCGCUGGCGUUGAGGAUAUUGACAUCCAGGCUAACUCUGCAUACAGAUUCCCACCCAAGUCUGGAAACUAUUUUGCCAGUCACUUUUUCAUGGGGGGAGAGAAGUUUGACACACCACAUCCAGAGGGCUACCUGUUUGGGGAAAAUAUGGAUUUAAACUUCCUUGGAAACCGUCCAGUCCAGUUUCCAUACGUCACACCAGCACCCCAUGAGCCUGUUAAAACUUUGAGAAGUCUCGUCAACAUCAGGAAAGACUCUCUGCGUCUUGUCAGGUACAAAGACGAUGCAGACAGCCCCACAGAAGAGGGUGCUAAGCCCAAGGUCUUGUAUGGAGUGGAGUUCACCUUCGAUUCAGACGCCCGAGUGGCCAUCACCAUCCAUUGCCAGGCUUUUGAAGAAUUCAGCAAUGGGAUGGCUGUGUAUACUCCAAAGGUUCCCACCAUGGCUUCUGAGACGGUGCACUACAAGAGAGGAGUGAGCCAGCAGUUCUCCUUACCGGCAUUCAAAAUUGAUUUCUCUGAAUGGAAAGAGGAAGAUCUGAAUUUUGACCUUGAUCGAGGUGUCUUCCCCAUGGUCAUCCAAGCAGUGGUGGAUGAAGGAGAUGAUUGCCUAGGACAUGCACACGUAUUGCUCGCAGCUUUUGAAAGGCACAUGGACGGGAGCUUCUCUGUGAAACCUUUGAAGCAGAAACAAAUUGUGGACCGGGUGAGCUAUCUGCUACAGGAGAUCUAUGGGAUUGAGAACAAGAACAACCAGGAGACAAAGCCCUCGGAUGACGAGAACAACGAUAACAGCAACGAGUGUGUGGUGUGUCUGUCGGACCUGCGGGACACCCUGAUCCUCCCCUGCAGACACCUGUGUCUCUGCAACUCCUGUGCCGACACGCUGCGCUACCAGGCCAACAACUGCCCCAUCUGCCGCUUACCGUUCAGAGCGCUUCUGCAGAUCCGGGCGGUCAGGAAGAAGCCUGGAACCAUGUCUCCGGUGUCCUUCAGCCCCGUGCUAGCUCAGACCAUGGACCACGACGAGCACUCGAGCUCGGACUCGGUUCCUCCCGGCUUCGAGCCCAUCUCUCUGCUAGAGGCCAUGAACGGUCUUCGGCCCGUGUCCCCCGGGAUCCCCUCCGCCCCUCUCUACGAUGAGAUCAACUUCUCCUCUGCAGGGGGAGUAGGUGCGGACGGACGGCCAGUCAGCCCCACAGAGCUGCCCGGGGACGGUGCUCUGCCGAAGGGCAAAGUCAGCAAGUCUCCGGACAGCACCCUGCGGUCCCCUUCCUCGCCCAUCCAGGAGGAGGAUGAGGAGAAGCUGUCUGAGCUGUCCGAUGCCCAGCCCCAGGCCACCCUGUCCAGCUGCAGCCCUGUGCCCAUAGAAGAUGCCGCAAUAGAGGACGACCCAGAGUCCCUCACACCUGAGGAUGAGGUUCUUCUGUCGGAUCGGGAACGAGAGAUUCUGGAGGAUAGUUGCAGCGAGCACAACAGCCUGUCCAAGGCAGAGAGCGACCCUACAGAAGAAGACCUCUCUCUCCCAGGGUCGUCCGAGUCCACGGAGAGUCUGAAAAGCGAGGGCACCAACUGCUCCAGCCAGCCUCUCCUGAGUGCCCACAGCAGUUUGCACAUGGAGGAUGAUUAGCUUGACAAACCCCCCACACGCCCUCCUUCCAAACCAACCCCACUUAACCCUGCACAACCCUCCACCUAGGGUUGCCAACCGUCCCUUGAAAUACAGAAUCGUCCCGUAUUUAGAGAUAAAAGUACGGGUUCCGUAUUGAACUGAAACGGGACACGUUAAAAUUCCGGAAAAAUACAUCUAAGAAAUGCUACAUUUUCUGGGGGACGACCCCCAGACCCCCCCGCCACGAAGUGUCCCGUAUUUUUUUCAUUGACAGUUGGCAACCUUACCUCCACCCUCUUUGGUCUCCCCCCCCCCAAAGCCUUCAGCCUCCAUCCUCAGCUUCUUCAUCCUCGCCUGAGGCUGUCUGUGAAGAUUCUCAUUCAGCCGGGUUACCAGUUGUUGUUGUUGUUGUUGUGUAAGCAAAAUCGAAUUUGAAGAUGUUUCAACUCUUAUCUAAAUGGCUUCUUCCUCUUCAGUGAUCGUCUGGCAUGAUAAUGGGGAACUAGUAGCAUCCGUAUCCCAAGAUCCUGGUCCUGCUAUGAAUUGGAAUUACAGUCACAGAUUCUCACAGUGGUGGGACCAGGGUUGCCAUCUGAUUGUGCGCUUGUUGUCACAGCUUUGAGAGAAACAGCACUGCUGUGAUGAUGCAGAGAAUGGUUAAAUAUCUUAAGGAUGAAAACGUAAAGCUGAAGGCAGUGAUAUUGUGUAAAGUAUUACUUCCCCCUUCCAUUUUUAUGAAGGACUGAGGGGCGUGUGAUCUAUAGCCCCACCCCUAGUGCUCUGGAUGUAGUCUCUUGUUCCCCAUCAUCACGUCAGAAUGGAAGAAGAACUUUGGAUGUAAGGGGAGCUGCUUGCAAAUUCUUUUCACUUGCCUGAGGUAGUUCAGCCUCCCACCCGAGGUCCGUACCUCCCGACCCCCACCUCUCUAUGUACAGUAUGUUUCCACCGCACUCUCUACCGUCAAUACUACGUAUAUCGAGCAUGAGCCGCCUGAGUCUGGAUCUUGCUAUUGCCCACGUCAACAAGCUAAGUUACCGCCACAGCCACACUAAGACUAUGGAGGGCCCUGUACAUGUCUGCCUGUUGCCAUGGCUUAUUUGGUUGGAGAUGGUCAGCGGAUGGUUGUGCUGGAACCCCCCCCCCCCCUCUUUUUUUUUUGUUUUUUUGUUUUUGGUACCCCUUGAAAGAUCACUGGACUGACUGUGUGAGGACCCUUCAGUAUGAGUUCUGAAAGCUCCAUUGACACUAACUAAAGCCGUCUGUCCUUCACUAAUCAAAUGGCAUUAUGCAAGUGUAAAAAUCUGUGAGGUGAAGGCAAAAAAAAAAACAAUUUGGUCAUGUUCUCUUUUCUGUGCUAUGAACAAACUUUUCAUAACGUGCACUUAGUGAAUUUAUGAAGGUCUUAUCUGUUGUUACUCAAAGAAGUAAGGAUGCAUUCAUGUCUGUUUCACCUAAUGAACUGUGCUACUGCUCAUAUUUUGGGGUUGUAACAGGUGUUCCUUGCAUAUAGUGAAUUUGCAUACUACUCAUUAUUCUGUUAUUGUGCUCAAUUGAACUCGAAGAUUCCAAACUUUUUCUGUUUAACGAUGUGUAAAGGUAAUCUAGUGGAAUUUGUAUGUAUUUCCUUGUAAAUGUGUACAUUUUAACUGUUUAUAACUGAGGAAACGGUGCAGCAGACUGUGCAGCUGAAUUUUUGUAUUAUUAUUAUUAUUAUUUAUAUUAGGUAUGCUUGUAUAUUCUUGAAAUGAUGUUGACUUCCCUGCACAAGUGAAGUGGCGUCGGUGCUGGUUGCAAACUAUUUCAUGCCCCUCUAUUGCCCUAGCUGCCUGGCGGAUACAUAUUGGCAGUGUCGUGUAGCAUUACUUGUACCCGUUUUUGGUAUACACAGUCCGGAUUUUGCUAACUGCUUUGCUUUCAUUCAGAAGUAAACUUAUUGAAUGAUUGGUUUUACGGGACAUGAUGGCGAUGCUGGGAUGGUACGUCUAGGUAUUGAUAGAUGUUUUGACGCGCAGAGUCCUGUACAGAAAGCAUUUUUUUUUACAUCUAGGUAUAUGUGCCUUUCUGUAGAGCAAAUAUAGCUAAUUGUUGCUUGGGGCUUUUGUGUUCUUGUGAAAGGAUCACUGUUAAGCACAAGACAGGGAGCCUUUUGGUUAUGUACCUAACAGUAUGUGUAAACUUAAAAGUGGGUAUCGUUGAAAUAAUCUUACAGCAGUGUUUUUAAGGUUAUAAAUAUAGUUAUCACUCAUCUGUAACA